GGGGCUGAUGAAUAACUUGACAACUGAAACUGUUUAUCCCUCACCAGACAUGGAAGUGUUCAUUCCAGAAUUGGUUGAAAAAUGUGCUGAGGAUAAGACUACAGAUGAGUAUAGGUUUCUGUGCCCUCAUGCUGGUCAGUUUAUGUGCAAAUUGACCAACCUUAUGUUUGUAAUGGAAGGAGAAGGGGAAGUGCUGUACAAAAUAGUGUCCUGGGACAACUGUCCGUUGGAUGGAUUGGGUCAAAAGGAGCCUGCAGGACCUCUGUACAGUAUCAACUGCCAUGAAGGUUUAAUCAAGAGUCUGCAUCUUCCCCAUUGUGAGACCCGUACAGAUGAUGUAACACUGACUGUGGCUCAUGUCACUGGUGGUAAUGUGGAGAUCAUUGAGCCACUAAAAGUAACAAACACACAUAUCGUCAUAGACGUUCACAGUCUCUCCCUGUUUGGUCUCUUAAGAGCACUGAUAUUUCAAGCUUAUCCUAUCGAAGCCCAAGUUCUACUGUUCUAUAAAAAGCUAAAUAGUAAGCACAAGUUGAAUAAACUGCACAUGCACCUUUUGCCAGGCAACAUACCGGUUGACGAGGUACGAAAACAGCAUGAGUCCGACACAUACAUUGAAACGAGCGCCACAUGUGAACUGAGCCCUGGUAAUAAAUACUGGCCUCUUUCUAAAAAUACUGAUCUUGAGAUUACAAUCCAACCAGAGUUUGAGAAGUUUAAACCUGACUAUGGGCCCAACUAUCACCCUACAUUUGAAGUGUUUUUUAAUACCAAUGUUAAUAGAAUCACUUUGGGUCUUUUGAAUGAAGAUGAGAAGGAGGUGUGGUCUCGUCUGGUCUUGAUCACAGAUACAGAGGCAGCCUCACCCAAAUUAGAUGCAACAGGUGCUAACUUUAUGGAUCAUCACAGAAAAAUGCUGAUUCAGAAAGUUUCAUCAGUAGUGGAGAUAGCUGACUGUCUAAAGAGCAAAAACAUGAUAAGUGAUGAAAUGUACAAUAAAAUUAAUGUACCGUCAUUAACCUCGCAACAGCAAAUGAGAGAUUUGUAUACAGUUCUCAACUCAGGAGGAAAAGCUGUGAAAGAAGAAGUCUACAAAAUACUUAGAAACAAAAUGCCAGGUCUAGUGGAUGAUUUGGAGUCUGGUUCGAGUCUAACAUAGCAGACCAUGCACACUUUGUAGUGGCACAUUAAAUUUUUUUAAGUACUUUUUUAUUUUUGUAAUUUAUUGUCUUUCCUAUCUUGCUUUUAAGACUUGGUAUUAAUGAUAAUAAUUUGUAUUCAGAGCAUAGCAAAUGCAUAUAUUCUAAUAUUUUGCUCUUCAGCAGUUUGAUAUUAUGCUGGUAUCUCAUAAGGACAUACUGUAUCUUCUAUGUUGCAUUUUUUUAUUCUCAUUAUCUGAACUAGAACGAUCAAAAACUUU